AUGCAAGUGCAAUAUGAUUUGGAAUUGUUUACUGAAAAUAAUUUAUUGCAUUACUACGGAGUAGAUUAUACUUAUGGAUCACCAGAUAAGCUGUAUACUUAUUAUAGUCUGACUUUAAAGGAUGAUCGUGGAAACGUACAGAAAGAAGAAAUACUAAGGCAGAAUCCUGAAUUGGAAGACUUCUUAAAAUAUCAAAAGUUGGUUUUGACAAAAUAUCCAUGUAAGUGUCUAAACCAAAUUCAUCUACCUAGCUCUGAUCAUGACCUACUACAUAUACUGUAAUCUUUUCAGAUUUGACCGGUUUCUUUGAUGAAAACUUGAAUGAAGCAACUUUAAAUGGCUUCAACGUACUCACAAUUCACGAAUAUCUUCCGUAAGUCGAGCAAUGGGUCUUGUAGGCUCGGCACGGCCCGGCCCUACAACCUUUGAGCAAAAUUUGAAACGUGCUAGGCCCGAAUGUUUACUCCUAACUUUAGAAUUUCAGGCUUCCAUCAAUGCCAGAAUUGGAAGUCUUAGUAGCAGAUCUUCGAAAUUUUGAUAUUUGCCCAAACUCUCUUCAAAUUCUAAAUGAAAUCAUAUCUGAAGUUCAUCGUGUCGCUCCCAGAUGCAGAAUUGUGCUCAUAUCACUAAUUUGUAUAAAUUGA